AUGCCUUCUAUCAAGAGUCUUCUCGCUACCUUUGCCCUUGCGGCCACUAUCGCCUCGGCCCAUCCAGGACACGAUGUCGCCCAUGAGGCUGCAGAGCGCAGAGAGUUUCUGAGUUCAGUCAAGAGAUCUUCCCUCGCUCACUGUGCUACCAAGCUCAAGGCUCGUGGUGUUGAAGCCCGCAACGUCGCUCGUCGCUCGGCUCAGGUUCACAAGGCUCGCCAGAAGCGCAGCUUGAAGAAGCGAGAUGCCGCCUCUGUCUUGAGCACUUCUCACAACCAGACUGACCAGGGUUUCACUUCGUGCACUGAUCCCGCCACUCUCUUUGCGAGCAUCAACUCGUGUGUUUUGACUCCUGAGGUUACCCAGGGUCCUUACUACGUCGCUGGCGAAUACGUUCGCAGGAACAUCAUCGAAGACCAAGACGGUCUCAACGUCAUCCUCGACUACCAGGUCAUCGAUGUCGAUACUUGCGACCCCGUUCCCAACGUUUACCUCGAGAUGUGGCACUGCAACUCUACCGGCGUCUACUCCGGCGUCGUCGCCAACGGCAAUGGCGACAGCUCCGACGAGUCAAACAUCGACAAGACUUGGCUCCGCGGUAUCCAGAAGACCGAUUCUGACGGUGUUGCUCAGUUCGAGUCUACCUUCCCUGGUCACUACACCAGCCGAGCUACUCACAUCCACGUCAUGGUUCACACCAACGCGACUCUCUUGGCCAACCACACUCUCGGCCGAGACAACUACGCCAGCCACGUCGGACAAGCUUUCUUCGACCAGGAGCUCAUCUCUCAGGUCGAGACUCUCGAGCCCUAUGCGUCAAACACCCAGGAGAUCACCCUUAACGAGGACGACAGCAUUCUGAAUGAGGAGGCCAAGACCGACGGUGUCGACCCUUUCAUGGAGUACGCUCUUAUCGGAGAUAGUAUCAGCGACGGUCUCUUUGCUUGGCUCGCUUUCGGCAUCAACUCGACCCAGUCCAACUCCGUGUCUCCCGCUGUUUACUACUACAAGGAGGGCGGUGUUGCUAACGAGAACGGCGGUGCUCCCGGUGGCGGUGCCGGAGGUACUCCUCCCUCCGGAUCCGCUCCUACUGGCGCACCCCCUUCCAAGUAA